AUGAUAAAACAUAACCUUACACAUUUUUUAAAAAAUAGUAAAUUUAAUAAUUGUAAUGUGUUGUUAAAAUCAAAUAGUUUUGCGAUUAAUAGUUUCAAAUCACCAAAUCAUAUCAAUAGAUUCAAUGGUUUACUAAAUUUAAAUAGACAAUUUACAAGUAAUAAUCAUAAUCAUGACAUCAAUAAAAAAUUAAUAAAUGUAGAUAAUAAUAUUAUUAAAGAAGAUAAUUUAAAACAAUCCGAAGAUGCCCUCAAUAAAAUAUUUAUAAAUUCAUCGAUUCAAUACACAUCAAUGGGAAUAUUAUAUUCAAUGUUUAUUAGUUAUUUUCAAGUUCUUCCUGAUAAAAUAGGUUUUUUUGGUGGUAUUUGUGGUAUAGCUGCCUCUCUUUACUUUUUUUUAAAAAAACCAGUUCAAACCAUAGUUCAUCAAGAUCAAAACAGUGACUUUAAAGUAUCCUUUCCUAAAUACCACCAAGUUCAUAAAAUUUCAUAUACAACUCUUUUUGUAUCGUGUGGUUUGAUUAUGAGCUCCCUAAGGACGGUAUUUCCAGAAUCUGAACUGAUUUUUACUUUAGUUUAUGGAGGUUUAUCAACAAUUCUAUUAUCAUUCUUAACAUCAAGAAAUAACUCUAAAAGCUUUUAUAGACCAUUACAAAUGAUGACUGCAAGCACAGUUGGUUUAUUUUUGGCUUUGAAUGCCUUUAAACCUACAUUAAUAGGACCAGAUGCUCCUCAAAUAGUUUCCGAGAUGUUUAAUCCAGUAAAUGAAAUACCUAUUUUAUUGGGUUGUGCUUUUUUUAUGUUACUUCAUACAUGUACUGUAAUAAGUGCAGUAAGAGUAAUAAAAAAAAACGGUGUACAUGAUCCCAUUAGAGUUUCAAUGCCAUUAAUUGCAGGAUUUUCAGUAUUUUAUGUAAUAUCUCCCAUUUUUUGGUUCACAUUAAUAUCUUUCUGUGUAUAUAUGGCCUUUUUAAUAGACGACGCAUUUAAUGGAGGAAGCCAGAAACAACAACAAAAAGAAGAAUAA